GCCAGAUGUGGACUGACAACCUGCGCCCCUUACCUGCUGCGUGCCUGGCGCGCGGAUCUUGAAGCUGGCGGAGUUCUGAGACUGGGCGCCGGCGAUGUGAGACUGGCGCGGCUUCGCAUCGCAGCCGUUUGCGCUGACGAGGCCGCGCUCGCGGGACUCUUCGGCUUGCGCGGCGCGGCCGGUCGCAAGCCCUGCUGGCUAUGCAGAAAUCUUGUGGCCCGCAGGGCCGAGCAGGUCGGGGUCGACCGACCAGGAGGACGCUGGCAUUCGCUGGCGCACGAGAAGAUGGAGUCCUUUGAGCGCAACAUGGACGCCCAGAUCUGGAGUGCUGUAGAUCGUCUGGCACCAGAAAGACCCAACAUCUCCAACGCCGCCUUUCUGGACUUGCAGCGCAACACAGGCUUGCACGUGCUGGAGGACAGCGUCCUGUGCAACGAGGAUGUUCGGCGGCUCACGCCGCCCAGUAGCACGUGCUUCGACGUUCUGCAUAACUUCCACAGCGGUGGACUAGCAGCCUACGAAACAUAUCUGUUCACGAACAGAUUGACCGAAGCUGGACUGAAUAGAGCGGCCGUGGCGGAGCUGCUGCCGCGCGACUUGCAGAGCUUGCACAAAGAUCGAUCUCUAGACUCCCUGCGCAAGACUCUGAGCGAUUGCUAUUUUGGAGAAAAGCUCUGGCGAAUCGAUGGGAGCACCCAGCUGAGUGCGCUGCCUUUGCUGCACUUCUUCGCUGUCACAUAUAUGGGUCCUGAGAAAGACCGCAUACCGGCCGAGUUCGAUUGUUUUGUGACGCUGUGCCAGCGCAUCUUCUCGCUAAGUCUUCUGCAGUUUCAUUUGCAGCCUGCAUUACUGGAUGGGCUGCAUGAACUCGAGCAAAGUCACCACCGCAAAUUCUCAAGCACGUAUGGACCGGCUGCUUUCAAACCUAAGCACCACUAUGCUCUGCACCAGCGGGAUCAGUUCCGGCAGUGGCAGCUGGCGCUAGACACAAAAGCCUGCGAGAAAAAACACCAGGCGAUGAAGCGCAUCAUUGAGGCGCAGGUUACCAGAACUCUCAGCUUCGAGCGCGUGGUCCUGGGCCGGAUGCACUUCGCGGAGCGUCAGGAACAGAAGGCCCGACCGGAGAGCUGGUGGAGGUACAGCAUAGAGAGGUCUAGCCAAAACGGCGCGCCUGAACUACACUGUCCCUACCAGACCGUGCGGGUGGGGCAGCCACUCGUGCGGUGCGACCAGCCACUGCGCAUGCUGGCGCAAGACAUACAGGACACGAGUCGUGGUUUGCUACUGCUGGGACUACGCUGCAGCUUGCGAGAAGAAAUCAACAAAGGCAUCUACGAGUGGCGCAUCACGGACCAAAGGCUUUCCAAGAAGGUCGAGAAGAUAGCGCAGCCGUGGCGCGCAAGCAAGUUCUGGAGAAGAAUUGCCAACUCUCUGGUCACGAUAUGGUGA